AUGGCAACUAGAAGAGCAUCUUGUGAGAAAUGGAAACAUGCCAUUGGUCCAAGGAUUUUUGGGAUUUUGGAGAAAACGAAGAAAGAAUCAGCUUGGUGCAUUCCAAAGCUUGUUGGGGAGAGUUUAUAUAAGGUCAAAACCAUGAUGGAAGUCAGAUGGGAUAUUACUGGGAUCUCAUGCAAGCAUGCUUGUGCUGCAAUUGGCCAAUUAAAUGGGGAUCAUAUUGCUUAUGUUGAUGCUUGUUACAAGAAGGAGACCUUUAUGAGAGCUUAUAGUCCAAUGGUUCAUCCAAUGACAAGUGAAGACUUGUGGCCUAAGUGUCAUAGGCCUCCUUUGAUGCCACCACUUUAUCACAAACAACCUGGGAGACCAAAGAAGAAGAGGAUGAGGUCGGCAGGUGAACAACCAAGCGAAUCUAAUCCUACAACCACCAAGUUACAGAGGUAUAACUUGGAAACCAAGUGUUCACUUUGUAGACAAGAAGGCCAUAAUAGGAGGAGCUGCCUUAAGGCAAAAGAAGGCAGCAGCAGUCAGGUCCCAUGUAAACGAAAGGUGAAGAAAUCUGUCCAAGAUAUGACCUCAACUAAAAGGGUCACAAGACAAUCAAUAGCCAACCAACCUAUAAGUGACUUUAUUUUUAUUGAUAUUAAGAGGAAGAGGUAUGAGAUGUAG